AUGUGGUGCCGUCGCUCGGCCAACCUGCUAGCCAAGGUGUGCCUCCUGGGCGCCCUCUCCGUUCACGCCCUCUGGCCUCACCCGACCAACUACACCUUGAACAAGAACGACACGUUCGCUCGCAUCUCGAGCGACCUUCGCUUCCAGCUCGUGCAAGGCACCGAUGCGUCUCGCGUGCCCUCGGACCUGAGCGCUGCCAUCACGGCGGCUGCCAAGCUCGCCAACACGGUCGACCUGUGGGAGCUCAUCCCUGAUCGCGGCGAGAAGUACCGCGAGGGGGUGAACAAGGCUCCGCUGAUCGCGAGCGUGCAGAUCAAGGUGCUCGAGCUCAUGCCCGAUACCGCGCCCAACCCUUGCGUGGGCAAGGCACCCAAUAACAACACCGUGCUCCUGCCCAGAGGUCUCCAGAAGCCGUUCGAUGGCAGGAAAAACGCAUUCGACGACAUCCAGGUUCGACAGGAACAGCAGGAAGGAUCUGGUCCGGACGAGGGCCAGGAUGCAGACAUCUGGAGCAACACGUGCAGCAUCGCAAACCACGCCGUCAAGGAGCUGAGUUACAACGUCUCGUCCCAGCCUCUCAGCUUGGAGACCGACAAGAGUGCGCCGGCUGAUCUGGGCCUCCUCGACGCCGAGAUGUACCGUCUCGUGGUCCCUUCGAACGGUGCGGCUAUCCAGUUGACUUCGUACACGGCGCUCGGAGCGCUUCGUGGGCUGCAGACGCUGCUGCAGCUCAUCUACGCGCUUCCUCCGCAGCAGGGUGGUAAGGUCGAGAGCCAGCGAUACGUCCGUGGUGUACCGAUCACGGUGACGGAUCGUCCGGGGUAUCCUUACCGCGGGUUGAUGCUGGAUACGGCGCGCAACUGGUUCGACCUCGCCACGAUCCGCAAGCUCAUUGAUACCAUGUCGUUUGUCAAGCUCAACCAGCUGCAUUGGCAUGCGACCGACACGCAGUCGUUCCCGCUGGCCUUUGACAAGGAGGCGGACGGGGGUGCGGAUCUGAGUGUGCUUGCACAGGCGGGCUCGUAUGGGUGGACGCAGAGCGAGGCUGGAGAGGUGGUGCGCAUGGUGUAUACGGAAGACGAUAUCAAGGCCGUCGUGGAUUAUGCUGCUGCGAGGGGGGUCAACGUCAUCAUCGAGACAGAUAUGCCGUCGCACAUGCUUUCUGGUGUUGAGGCUUUCGACGGUGGCAGUCUGUUGGGGUGUCCCAACCAGCCUAACUGGCAGACGGUUGCGGCCGAACCACCGUCCGGCCAGCUUCGGCUUGUGUCGAACAGCACCGAGUUCAACACGACAGCUGUCGACACGUUUACGGUCCCGCAGGGCGUCGGCGAGUUUGUCUCUGCGGUGUUGCGCAAGACGUCGUCGCUGUCCAAGUCGGUGUAUGUUUCGUCGGGCGGAGAUGAACCGAACUUCCGCUGCUGGAACUUGUCAAGCGAGGCGGGGAUGGAGCCAUAUCUCGGACCGUUUAUGUCGUUGGUGACGAACGUGACCGAGGCGGGGGGCAAGCGCGGGAUGGUGUGGGAGGAGAUGGCGGUCAAGUUCCCGACGGUGGCGAAGGAGCUCGCGCCCGGGUCGUUGGUCGAGGUGUGGAACGAUGCGAACAACUCGGCGGUUGCACUGCGUAACAAUCCGGAGGUCAACAUUGUCCUGGCGCCGUAUGCGUACUUUUAUCUGGACUGUGGCGGCUCGAACUUCCUCGGGAACUACACGGGCAGCAACUGGUGCCCAUAUGUCUCGUGGCAGCAGGCGUACAGCUUCGACCCGGCUGCUACGAUCCUCAACGCCACCGCUACGUUGGGCCCCAACCCUCCGGGCGGCGUCAAAGGUAUUCGGGAGAGGUUUGUCGGCGGAGAGCAUGCGGUCUGGAGCGAGCAGAUCGACCCGACCAAUCUGGACGCCAAGAUCUGGCCCAGGGCGGCGGCGGGCGCCGAGAUCUGGUGGACAGGCGACAAGGUGCGGGAGCGCAAGAGGAACAAGGUCGAGGCGCUGCCUAGAAUGAUGGAUCUCAGGUGGAGGCUUGUGCGCAUGGGCGUAAAGGCUGAACCGCUGCAGCCGAUGUGGUGUGUGCUCAGGCCGGGCGAGUGUGAUUUCUACUAG